AUGAAUAAGAUAAUAACAUUGAUCAUAUGUGUGCUAGGAUUGUAUAGUACAUUCUUAACUUGGUCAAUUCUUCAAGAACGUAUAAAUACCAAACCUUAUGGGAAUAAUGAAUAUUUCAAAUCACCUUUGAUAGUGAAUAUUGUUCAAGCGUUUUUAGCUUCAAUUGUUGGAUUAAUUUAUAAUAAUGUAACAACCAAAACAUCACCAUUCACAGUGCUAAAAGAAAAGGGAGUUUUUAAAUCAAUGCUUUUAAUUUCAGUAUGUUCAAGUAUUGCAUCACCAAUUGGCUAUAGAUCGUUAAGACAUUUGGAUUAUUUGGCAUAUUUAUUAGCAAAAUCAUGUAAAUUGAUACCAGUGAUGUUAGUGCAUCUACUAUUUUAUCAAACUAAAUUUCCGGGUUAUAAGUAUUUUGUUGCUGGAAUGGUAACAAUUGGUGUUACAGUGUUUACAUUAGCUCAUUCAAAAGAAACCACUAAGAUAAAUGAUGGAAAUACUAAACUUGGAUUAAUUUACUUAAUUGGAAGUAUGUUACUUGAUGGUUUAACUAAUUCAACUCAAGAUCAAUUAUUUAAAAAAACCAAAAAAUUCACAGGAGCUAAUUUAAUGUGUAUUUUAAAUUUAUUCAUAUCCAUAUUAACAUUAGGAUAUGUUUUAAUUUUUCAAAUUGAUGAAAUUACUAAAACUUUACAAUUUGGUCAAAAAUAUCCAGAAUUAAUUUAUGAUAUUUUAAUAUUUGCAGGUUGUGGAGCCAUAGGUCAAGUAUUUAUAUUUAUAAUAUUAGAAAAAUUUGAUUCUAUAAUUUUAAUUACUGCUACUGUAACUAGAAAAAUGUUAAGUAUGAUUUUAAGUGUUUUAUUAUUUGGUCAUUAUUUAAAUUUAAAUCAAUGGAUUGGUGUUUUAUUAGUAUUUAGUGGAAUUGGAUAUGAAGCAUAUACUAAAUUAAAACUGAAAAAGAAAAUAGAAUAG